UCUAAAAAAAGAAGUAUAGAAUAAGGAAUAAUUUAUUUAUCAAAGCAAUCUAAGUGAGCAAACACGACUAUUAAUCAAUAUUUUAGUUUUUGAAAAAAGGAAAUUUAAGUUUAAAGAUAUUAUCUAAAAAAGUGACCACAAUGAGUGACUCUACUGAAUCAUACGAAUCGGCUGUACUAUUUAGUCCACCGCAAACACUCUUUCGCAAUUCGGACGAUUCUGUUUCAUCAUAUUCUACCAAUUAUUCAAGUAUUUCAGUAUCAUUUGGCGCAAAUCGACCAGAUUUUACGGACAUGUAUGAAGUUUCGAAAAUAAUCGACGAUCGAUAUGAUGAGAAUGGAGAAUUGGAAUACCUGGUGGAGUGGAAAUACAUUAAAACCGAUAAAGGGAAUCCAAUGAGGGAAUGGGUUAAAUCUUCCAAGUGCAAUUGUCCGGAAGUGAUUUUUGAUUAUCAACAUACUUUAGGUAAUUGGGACUUCGAAUACGAAAUAGAAGCCGUGAUCGACUCAUUUAUAGUUAAGCAGGGUUAUAGGGACAGUAUUGAGUAUUUGGUUAAAUGGAAAGAUAAUCCAGUGAGCACAGAAGAAAAUCCAGUAAAAAUCAUCAAUGAAUAUUCGUGGGUGAAGAAAAAACACAUGAAAUCAGCAGAAAAAGCAAUCAAAGAGUUCGAAAAGAGAGGCGUUCAAGACUUUGGUGAAAAACUGAAGGUCGACAGAAUUCUUAGUGAAAAUACCGAACUUCCAAUCAAAUACUUCCAGAUUAAGCUCGCAAAUUCUGAUCAGCCGGAGAAAAGAUAUUAUAGCGUCGAUGAGGUUUAUCUUAUGCCAAAUGGACGUAAUGCAAUAUGUUCAUUUCACAAAGGAUUCGGUUUAAUAAUUCCUGGAAAAACGGGAAAUCGAACAAUUUACUAACCAAUCGAAGUAUCUUUUGAAAUGCAUAUGUGAAACAAUUGAACUGCCUUCAAAAAACUUAUUGACAUAUAAAUAAAACGAAAUUGAUCUGUUCGCAUUGAAAAUGUUUUACAAAAGAGGGUUAAAAUAA